GCAACUACCUGCCUAGGUACCUAACUCUCAGCCUCUCCACGACGACUCUACCCUAGUAAUUCGAAUACCAAAUCUGCGCGCAUCACGAAAGAGCCUUUGCGAAUCCUACCGGAGCGAACACAUCGAAAAUCAGAAACAUCUUGCCCAUCCCGAUCGGAUAAUCAGGAAUUAUCUGCCCAUCAUGGAGCCUCGCGCCCGCGCUGCCAAAAAUGUUGGCAAAAUGAACUUCAGCCACAACGAGCUGGCUCAACUACUAUACGCCCACGGCGACGUAAGGAACCCGCUCCCCGAAACGAUUCGCGUGCUCGACGAGAUCGUGACCGAGUUCAUCCAAGGCAUGGCCUUCGAGGCGACGCGCGCAGCCAACUACGCGGGAAGGCAGAAGGUCAAAUACGAGGACUUUGAAUUCGCGUUCCGCAAGAACGACGCCUUUCUCGGAAAAGUCCAGGAGGUCUUUGAGAAGAAGGGCGAGAUCGAGUCAGCCAAGAAGAUUUUCACAAAGGACGACGAGGCGGUGCUCAUGAAGGACGCCGCGGACCAGGAGCACGGCAAGAAGGAUAAGGCUGCCAACGGUGCGGGCGAAGCUUCGAGUGCGGCGGACGCGGCGGUGAAGCAAGAGGAGGAGCUGGGCGAGGCCGACGACGACGCUGAUGCCGAAAGUGAGGUCGCGGGACGACCGUCGAAAAGGGUCAGGUUGGACGGGGACGGGAAGUGAGUCAACCUCGGGUAAUACGGGUGGAACGUACGGCCCUUUGGGCUCUUCUUUUUUUGGGAUGAGGCAUAGCAUUAGGCGUUUAUUGGAUGGUAGUCUUGGGGUAUUGGCUUUGAUAUCAUCAUUUUAACGGGGUCUGGCUUAGGAGGGGUCAAAAAGCAUAAUAUUCACG